GUAGUUGUCAUUGUUGCUAGCUAGAUGAGAACAGACUGGCUGGUUGCAAAAAACUGCUGUCCUGUGUUAUUUUGUCUAUUCAAAGUCAAACCAGAGGAUACAGGGAGCUUUUUAAUCACUCGAGAAUACAGAUACAGGUCUGUUAAAGUCCCUUUAAGAGACGCAUCUGCUUCUUCGCUUGCUAACGCUUCGAGUAGAAAAAAUGGGGCGGAUCUUCUUGGAUCACAUUGGAGGAACUCGCCUCUUCUCCUGUGCCAACUGUGACACCAUUCUGACCAACCGAGCUGAACUCAUUUCAACACGAUUCACUGGAGCUACCGGUCGAGCUUUCCUGUUCAACAAGGUUGUAAAUCUGCAGCACAGCGAGGUGCAAGACAGAGUCAUGCUGACAGGUCGACACAUGGUGCGAGACGUCAGCUGCAAGAACUGCAACAGCAAACUUGGCUGGAUGUACGAGUUUGCCACAGAGGAGAGCCAGAGAUACAAGGAGGGUCGUGUCAUCCUAGAGAGGGCGCUGGUGAGGGAGAGCGAAGGCUUUGAGCAUGUUCCCUCUGAGAACUCUUGAGUUCACAUCAGUCACCUCCAAAGUGCUCAACCUGUGUGUACCGCAGCUUUUUCUCCUACAGCAGAGCAUGGACAGUGUGCCAUUCGUGAGUAGAGCUACACCCAAAUAAAAUCACAGGCUGGGUCUUCGCGUGAAUUUUCUUUGAACAUGUAAGAAAUUCUUCUAUGAUGGGUAAUAACAUCCUUGCUUCUCCGCCCAUAUAAAAACACCUGCAGAUGCAUAUUGCGCCCAGCAAGCUGUGAUAUUGGUCAAAUGUGUUGCUGUGGUGGAUGCAGUGGGAGUGAGAGGAUUCGCUCCUGCUGCUGUACAGGAAGCUCAGACAGAAGAUGUUACAUAGAGGUUUGAAAAGCUGUGGUGAAUUCUGACAGAAGGGAGUUGGUUACUGCAAUUACUUUUCUGAUAAGGGUUUAAUAUGACACAAUGUUUAAAAUGUUUUGUUUCAAGAAAGUUUUUCAUUACUUUCCUCAUCAUAACAUCUACAAGGUUACUCUUACUGAACCAGGUUUUCAUUUAAACCAUAAGGAAGUCAGAAAUCCUCGCUGUCAUUUUAGGUCAUGACACAUUUAUUUCAGUUUACAUCAUGUUCUACUUUAACAUAACAUGUUCUUCAUUUAGCCAUUUACUUUCACAUUUCACUGAUUGUUAUUUAUUGUUAAUGUUUGACAUGACUGAGAACUGACUGGAAUCAAAAGUGGAAUAUGUUUCUUUGUAUUAGGUCACAAAUAAAGUAGUUCAAACAAA